GGCACAACCUUGAUGAGGAGAUCCAUCAUAAGACUUUUACAAGUUUCACAACUUUCCUCUCCAUCCCAGGGCAUGACCUUGAGGAGAUCCGUGUGCGGUCGCUGCUGAACAUCCUGAGCAAGCUGGAGCACGGGGUGGUGUGCGAGGCCGACCUGGUGCAGCAGCGCCCCCUGCUGAUCCGCCUGCUGGAGUGGUUCAACUUCCACUCCUGCCCGCUGCAGGAGGAGGUGCUGGGGCUGCUGCACAGGCUCGCACAGCACUCCUCAGCAGUAGAAAUCCUUGUCUCCCUCGGCGCGGUCGCGUUCCUGUCCCAGCUGAGGAAGGAUGUUCCAGCGGAGCUCCAACCAAUCACGGACCAGGUCUUGAACCAGCUGCUGAUGCUGCCCCCUUCUGGGCCUGAGGAGCACAGCAGGGAGUGUAUCUAUCAGCACAGGACGACGAAGUUUACUUCUCCACUCCUUACAGAAUCAGCUAUUCCGGCCAUGCAAGAAGACACAGAUCCCAAACAGCUGACAGCAGCAUCAGACUCGCUGAUGUCUCAGCAGAACAGCAGCCUCAUGACCAGCCAGACAGGUCAGCACGGACAGCUGCUGUACAUGGAGCCCAAGGUCGGGUACUUCCGCAGGGACAGCGGCAGCACAGCAACUCUCAUCGCAAACCUGGAACAGGAACAGCAGGAGCAGGGUGUGGCGACUGCAGGCCUGCCCGCCCCCACCUGUCUGAAGUUCUCCACCUUCCCCUGGCUGGCUCUCACUCCCACAGACAGACACGUCUUAGCUGCCACCAACAGGUCCCUGAACAGCGGGAACCCCCAGCUUGUGACCAGCUCCUGUGAGUUCCUCAGCAACGUGGUGUUCUACGACUUUCCUGCUGAAACCUUCCUGCAGAGGCCCGCCAUAGUCAAGACUCUGGUGUCCUUACUGAAGGUCACAGCUGAUGGAGGCCACGACCCUUCCCAGGGUGCAGUGCUGUGCCUGCGGAACCUUUGUGUCCACCUCCAGACCAGACUGGCCUUUUACCAGGACCCAGCACUCUACUGCCCCAGACAAGACUACCUGUCCCAGGCCAGCUCCACCGUUUCCACAGAGAUGAGCAGCCCCACCCCACAGUCCGACUCCCAGCUGUCUGCUCUGGAGGAGACUCCCGACAGGCCCAGAGGGGACGGAAGGGACAGGAACACACCGUCUUCAAC